CUUCUUUAUAACCUUGACUUUUCUUGAAUAGAACUAUCUGGUGGCGAAUCAGGGGCUGAGCUUGACUUGACUAUGUAAAGAACCCUGAUUACAUACAUAGGAAACAGCUCUGCCUCUUUCCUUUCUCUGAAAUAAAUAAUGAUAGAAAUGGGUGAGGAAUCUAGGGAAAGUCUAAAUUGCCACACACACCCCGCCUUCCAAUGUUCUAAUAUUCAAUGUUGCAUGUGCACUAGUUACGUGCACGUAUCCAUACUACCUACAUACAUAGAUCUUCAAUGCUCCUAUGGACAUACAUGUAUGGAUUCCGAAUGGCCUGGGUUUUACAACUCCACAACUCCACAACUCCAUAUUUCUUUACACAUACACUAUGCAGUUCUCGUUGCUGGACCAUCCAACAUCAGCCUAACAUACCCAAGUAUCAACGGAAAACUGCCCAACUUCAAAUUAUUCGAUAACGCACACAUCUCUUACAGGUCAGAAAUAUCGUGGAAAUUUUUAAGGCAUCGCGGCUAUUCGAAUUCAGAAGCUUCUCCAAACAUUAAUCAUCCAUUAUCCAUCUGUUGUUCAUUAUACACCAUACACCACACUAGCAGACUAGUUGGGCCGCCGGGAAGUGUGGAUCUUUCUUAUUCCUCUAUUCCCUAUCGGCGGGCCGGACCGGACUCGAAAACUUCAUGUUACGAACAGGAAACAAGAGAGAUCCUCAUAAGAAGGUUACUCGCCCUUCUCUAGCGGUGACCACGGAAAACAGUCAAUGUAGCGAUGCUAGUGAGAGAUCCGCAGUCAGUCAUUCUACUGCACACAUCAACGAUGACGAUACAGGUAGCUCAGGGGCCAACUUCCCAUUCCUCGAACUCCCGUUUGAGUUACGUCUAGAGAUAUACGAGUAUCUUUUAUGCUCUCCGGAUGAUAUCAUAAUAUCUUCAGGACGUCGUCAGAUUUAUUGGUACCGCCCACAACUGCCUACGUGUGAGCUUCGCCGCCUCCCCCACCGAAAGCCACAUGUAGAGUUGCUACGUACCUGCAAGCAGGUAAAUUCAGAGGCAACUCCUAUCGUUUACAGGAAAAAUAAAUUCCUCGUAGUCUUGCCUUAUAUGGCACCAUUCUGCCCUACGAACUUCUUCCUGUGGAGUCUGCGGCGAUCGACCAUGUCCAAUGUGACCUCUAUCAUUUUCGUCUUUGCCUGUCGCGAUAAUUGUCCACUGUGGCUCGAUUUGUGUCCCAUCAUCAAAGGGGAGUUUAUGAACCUGAAGAAAUUUACUACAACGGGACCACAGCUAGUCAAAUUAUGCUUCCCGUAUUAUAGCCAGUCACAUUGGCUACCUCUAUCGAGCAGAAUACGGGGCGUGUAUGCUCACAUUCGUAUUGAAGCCUUCCAGGACAACACUGCAGUACUGAGGGGAUAUGACUGUGGCAGACAUAGGGAAAUGAUACCAGGAAGACCGGGCCGUAAGAAAGAAUUGGCACCGAUGAGAUUCUAGUUCUUAGAUUGCUCAAAUCUGUUUGGCUGCCUAAACCACACCCGCCAACACACUUAAUCUUGUUGCCCUACAUCUACGGUUUUGUUAUAUUUCGGCGCGGAUAGGGCGUGGGAAAAGCGAGCUCUGAGAAAUUUCUCAUGGUAGUGAGGGCAAUAAGAUACCUCCUGAGUAGCGCAAUUAGACUUUCAAAUAAAUAAGUUUUCACUGGGCGAAAA